CACAAACAGGAAGUGGUACUGUCCGAAACAACGUGAAUGUCACGUUAAGAGUGAAACGAAAGUUAUACCGUUGGAAAUGUCGUUUAUUCCAUCUUGAAAUUGUCGAAACGUAUUGUUCAUGUAGGCUUUUUUCUUCCUCGGCGUUUGUCACGAUGUUUCAGUCUGCUGCUAAAACGUUUUCUGUUGCAACGACCACAGCAGCGACGCUAACUCGGGGAACAUGGUUUAGUAUUCGACAUUAUUGCAACAAGACACCGGCUAGACUGAGAGUGUCAGAAGCAGUUUCAGGAGCUGAACUGGGAGCGAAUGUCAAAGUGCAGGGAUGGAUUCGGUCUGUUAGACCUCAGAAGGAAAAUCUCUUUCUCCACGUGAAUGAUGGGAGCUCCCUGCAGUCAUUGCAGGUCGUCGCCAGCUCAGAGUUGAAUCAUCCAUUGCUCACACUUGGUAGUGCUGUUGAAGUCACGGGUACUCUUCGGAAAAGUCCACGGCAAAAACAGCCAUUUGAACUGCAAGCAGACCAUAUCCACAUAGUUGGAGAUUGUAACCCUGUGGAUUUUCCCUUCAAAAUAAAAGAGAGACACAGCCUUGAGUAUAUUCGACAGUUCCCGCAUCUCAGGUGUAGGACAAAUGCGUUUAGCUCCCUGUUGAGAAUACGAAGUGAGGCCACUACAGCAGUUCACUCAUAUUUCAAGGAAAAUAGCUUUGUUCAGAUUCACACUCCGGUCAUUACCUCAAACGACUGUGAAGGGGCUGGGGAACUCUUUCAGGUUGAGCCGUCCAGCCCAAACAAUGAAGAAGGUGAGAAGUUUUUCUCUGUUCCAGCUUUCCUGACUGUCUCUGGUCAGCUUCAUCUGGAAGUGAUGUCAGGGGCUUUUUCGAGAGUCUACACAUUCGGACCAACUUUUCGUGCAGAGAACUCCCAAAGCAGACGCCACCUGGCUGAGUUUUACAUGGUGGAGGCCGAGGUCUCCUUCACACAGUCCUUAGAGGAUCUCACCAAGGUCAUGGAGGACAUGUUCAGGUCCGCCACUGAGCAUGUCUUGGCUCACUGUGCCGAGGAUGUGGAUUUGUUUCACAAGCAUGUGGCUCCUGGACACAGGGACACUGUGGAAGUUAUGCUGAAGAACCGAUUUCCUGUGUUGACCUACAGUGAAGCUAUUGACAUCCUAAAAAAAAGUUCCCAGAAAUUUGCCUUCCCAAUAUAUUGGGGUUGUGACCUCCAGACAGAGCAUGAGAAGUACCUGGUGAAACACUGUGGCAACAUUCCAGUCUUUGUCACUGAUUACCCUUAUGAUCUUAAGCCUUUUUAUGCAAGAGACAACCUAGACCAUCCCGAGCACACGGCAGCUGCAGUGGAUCUUCUGGUGCCGGGUGUUGGAGAGCUCUGUGGGGGCUCGCUGAGGGAGGAGAGGCUGGAUCUGCUGAAGGCCCGGCUAGAAGAGGCCGGAUUAGAAGACACCUACAGCUGGUAUCUGGAUCUGAGGCGUUUUGGCUCCGUCCCUCAUGGAGGCUUUGGAAUGGGAUUUGAGCGAUUUUUGCAAUGCAUUCUUGGUGUUGACAACAUCAAAGAUGUGAUUGCGUUCCCCAGAUUUUCCCAUUCUUGCCCUCUAUAAAACCCCAUUUAGGCUGAGUAGAAAUGUGUACGUCUGUAUUUUCUGUUUUUGCUCUCUGUGAAAAAGGCAAUAAACAUUAUAUUCGACAUCA